AUGAAUAUUCUAGAUGAUGAGAUUGGACAUGAUGUGGAGGAGGACCAGACACCUACACUUAUUGUUGAUGUAGGGGACAGUUCUCAGUUAAAACAGUUGAACAAUCUUCAAUAUGAUGAGACAGGUUUUUACAUAGGAAUGACAUUCAAGAACAAAGACGAACUAGUCACUUCAUUGCAUAUUGCUUGCUUGAAAAAAGAUUUCAGACUUGCAAAGGUGAUUAAUUCGCGUAGUGUGUAUUGUUUUAAAUGCGCAUAUCCAGAGUGCAAGUGGUGGUUGAGGGCUGUGAAAUUCAAAAGUUCUGACAGAUUUUGUAUUAAAAUUUAUAAAAAGUAUCACACAUGUGGUUCAGAGCAUAUUACGAGUCAUAAUCCACAUGCCACAGCAAAAGUCCUUGGUAAAUACUUCAAAAAUAGCUUUCCUAAUGGUAAAGGUCCAUCUACAAGAGAUAUGACCAAUAAACUCCGUACAGAAUUGGGUUGUAAGGUUGAUGAAAAUGGAAAGUUCAAGUACUUUUUUGUAGCAUAUGCGGCUUGGAUUCAAGGUUUUCAACAAUUGAGAAAAGUCAUAGCCGUUGAUGGGACAUUCUUGAAGAGCAAGUAUGAAGGAGUUUUACUAUCGGCGGUGGCGCAAGAUGCAGAGAAUCAUAUUUUUCCAGUGGCUUUUUGUGUAGUGGAUAAAGAAUGUGAUGCCUCAUAUCAAUAUUUUUUUGAACAAAUGAGAAGUUAUGUAGAUUAUACCGAUGAGCUGUGUAUAAUUUCUGAUAGGCAUUCAAGUAUUCGAAAGAUGGUUCCAAUUGUGUAUCCAUCAGCUCAUUAUGGUUGUUGCAUGAGGCACCUUGGAGAAAAUAUUCGAAACAAUUUUCACAAUGCAAAGGUCGUAUCUCAUUUUUAUAAUGCAGCGAAAGCGUACAAUAAAGUUGAGUUCUAUGACCAUUUCAAUCAAAUAAGGGAUAUGGUACCCAAAGUAGCCGAACAUCUCGAAUCAAUUGGAUUUCAUAGAUGGAGCAGGGCAUUUUGCCCGGGAAAUAGGUAUAAUAUUAUGACCUCAAACAUUGCUGAAUCCGUGAAUGCAAUGUUUGAAGUUGAAAGAGAAUUUCCUAUCAUCGCUUUGUUUGACGAAAUAAAUAUGAGAUUUGCAAAAUUAUUUCACGAAAGGCGUAUGGAGUUGGUCAACUCACCAAACAUAUUUGUUCCUUCAAUGGAAAAACAAAUAUCAAAGAAUAUCAAUUUGGGAAAUAAGUUAUUGGCCCAUCAAAUAGCCAAUUACAAGUUUAGUAUCAACGGUCAUGGUGAUGUUGCCACGAUCGAUCUUCAAAGAAGAAUGUGCACAUGUAGAGUUUUUGACUUGGACAAAAUACCUUGUCCACAUGCUAUGGCAGUGCUUCGAUCCCAAUAUGGUGCACAUUUUGGAAAUCAGAUCUAUGAGUACUCGUCUUCAUAUUAUUCGGUGGAAAAAUACAUAAUUGAAUAUUGUGAGGAAAUUAAUCCGGUGCCUCCUAAAGAUUCUUGGAUUGUUCCUUUGGAGAUAUUGGAGAGAGAAAUACCUCAUCCAUAUGUUGACCCAAGCAAACCGGGAAGAAGGCGAACAAAGAGGAGGCGUGGAGUCGGGGAAUCAUUUCCAACAAGAAAAAAUAAGUGUUUAAUAUGUAAAAAUAUUGGACACAAGAGAACAACAUGCCCGGUUCGAAAUGCUUCAUAA